AUGUCGGUGUUUCAUCCAUCCGUGGAAGUGGAAGUUAUCUGCGCCGACUACUUUGGCGACGAACUUGUGUUGCCUCUGCCCAAGGUUAAUAACAAGAUGGAUAGCUACAAAAGCAGCGGGAAGAAUACCACAGCAAGGAUCAAAUAUAUUUGUGAUAUUUUCAAUGCAUUUUCUGCCAUUAGUGCAGAUUACUUUAUCAAGCAAAUCGUGAAGAUGAAUGCUGUUGCAUUUGCUGGUUUCAGCAGCCAAAAUCCACUAGUCAAUACUAUUGCAAAUGCAGUCUUUGGAUCAAAUCCUCCCAUUUCUCUGGAUGUUCUCACUAAGGCGUUGCUGCUUGACAAUAAAGUCAUUGACUUACUUGAGGCAUGGUUUUCUUGA